AGUCUACGGCUUUGCCAUUUUGGGUAUUAGCACGUUCGAAAUGUCAGGGUUUGGAAGAUAUCCUUUGAACAUUCCUUCACUUACUGAGGCUUUUGCAAAUUUCCAGCAAAAUGUUUCAGGCUCGAACCAAAGACGGGACCGACAAGACUAUGAUGACAGGCGCUUUCGAGAUCGUGAUCGUGAUACAAGAAGGGACGAUGAUUAUGGUCGAAGAGACAGCGGUGGUGCUCGAGGGAGAUCUUCGCGAGAUAGGUUCUCGCCUGAACCUUCCUAUUCAUCAUAUUUAGAUGAGCAUCAGCAAGGAAGCCAGUCAAAUCUUGUGAGUUAUCCCUUGGGACACUUGAACAACUCAAGAUCUGAUCGUGGUAAUAACAGGAAUGAUAGAAAUCGUAAUCAGAACAGGGACCGAUAUCGGAACAACAGCAAUAAUAAUCGGUCUCAAGGCAACCGAAGUUCUUCCAAUCAGGGACCUGGAAUUUUGGGUGCUAAGCCUGGUGAUCGUUCUGUACCAGAGCUUCCAUCCAAUCCUUUACAAGUUCCAGCUUUGGGUCUGUCAGGAGGAGGAAAUAACCAGACAGCCGGGUUGACAGCACAGUUGGCUCAGCAGCAGCAGCAACUCAUGGCAAUGGUGCAGACACAGUCACUACUGGCUGCUAUGCAAGCCCAGGCUAAUGCAAAUGCUCAAGCACAAGUUCAGCAGGCCAAGCGUGCCAUGCCUAAUUCUCUAGGAGGGCUACUACCCACACCUCUGAUACCAAGGACUGGGGGAAGAGACAUGCAACGGCAGAACCGUAAGCGCAGGAAUGAUGGAUGGGGUGGAGGAGGUAACUUUGCAAACAAGAGAGACAGACCAGACCGCAAUCGUGGUCAGCAAGGUUUCAAUCGUGGACCAAAUUUUCAAAAUAGAGGCAGGCAGUUUGGAGGAGGAGCACAGAACCAGCAAGCAAAGAAGGCUACCACUAUAACUAAAGAGGAGACCAAGAAUGAAGCUAACGAGGAAGAGGUUGAGGAGGAAGAUGUUGGAGAAGGAGGUGAUAAUGGGCAGGAGGUUGAGGAAGCACAAGAAGAGGAAAAGCAAGAGCAAGACAGUGUUGAGGAAAGACCUCAUAUGAAUGAAUUUAAUCAGCCACCUCUUCCCAAAUCUACAAACUUCAUUGGAGAAGAUGUUGAUUCUUUGAUGAUCUCUCUGUAUGAUAGGAAAAGAAACAAGUACAUAUGUCAGGAAUGCAAGAUCAUUUGCAACUUGCCAAUGAGCUUUCAUAAACAUCUUCUUGGAAAGAGACAUGCAAGGACUGUUCUGGAAAGCCAAGGAAAAGAAUUUGAGGAAACAAAGUUCAGGAAUUUUAGUCAGGGCAUAACACCUAUAGAUAAAUCUGGAACAGAAGAGGAGACAACUGCCAAUGAAUCUGACGACAGGGAGAAGGCGAGUGGUGGAGAGGUACCCAGUCCCUCUGCUGUCCACACUCCUGGUUUUGACCUUAAUCUAGACUUUGUUAAAUACACGUGUAACACCAGAAAGACAGCCAUGAAAGAGGGAGACAUCAUCACCAUCUCAUCUGUUACACAGUCAAGGGUCCAGAUUGAGGGCUUUACAAGUGGAAGAAACAUGUUAGGUUGUGAAUUUGUCAAAGCUGUGUCAGGAUUUAAUUGCCGCCUUUGCAAAGCAUUCAUCCGCUGUGGAAACGAUGUGAUUACUCAUAUUAAAGGCAAAAAGCAUCAAAAGAACUAUCAGACGUAUGUCCAGGAGCACCCUCAAUAUGAAGAACAUCAGCUGGCACGGAAUAAGGAGUUAGAGCAGGUGUUGGAACCUAAGGAGGGAGAAGAAGUAGUCUUAUAUGAAGUACUUGAUAAGGAUAUUAAAUCAAGUUCCUCAAAGCAGAAAAGCCAACGCAAGGAUUCACAGAAUGAACAACAGUCAGAGGUACCGAUAACAAAAUUUGUGGUUGCCCCUGAGGGUGAUGAUGAAGAUGCUCAAUUACAGAUCAAUUGUGACGCAGCGGAUGUAGAUUUAGACGUAGGAGACCUGGAUAACAUUAAUGAAGAUUCGCUUUUGGCAGACCAAAGUGGAGAUGAACAGGAAGAAAGUUCUUUAGAAGAAAAGUUUCCUUUAUUCGUCCAGGUAGAACAGUUUGGAGAUGAAGAAAUGCAGGAAAGUGAACCGUCAGGAACAACACCACAACUUGAUGACUUGGAGGACUUCACUCCACUGGCCACUGAUGAAUCUGUGAACAACGAAGAGGUUGAAGAGCCAAAAGCGCCAGUCCCCGUCCUUCCCAGUCAGAACAUUAAAACCGACGAACUCGAGGAGUCAGACGCACUUACGAGUUCACAGGAAGAGGUUGAAGAGCCGCCCCCUGUGAAAGGAACUACCCCCACUGGAAGGCGUGGCCGGAAGAAUGCUAAGGGUGGAGCCAGUAGAGGAGCGUCAGCGCGUGGACGGGGGCGUGGUCGCGGAGGAAAACGGGGCACCAGAGCUACGACAGGCGCCGGCAAAACUACAAAAGCUAAAAAGGUGAAAGUAGAUGCAGCUCCAGAGAAUGACGAUUUGGACUUAAUGGACGGGUUUGAAAUAAUAGACGAGAUUGGCGGUGGUGAAGAUUAGAGUAAAAGACACAAACUUUGUUUAUUUCUGCUUUAUGUUGAAGUAGUAAGCAUUUCUAAGGUACAACGCCUCUUUCGUUACUUUUCGACGUUCUCUAAGGGAAACCACCUUACUCUUAUAUCUAGAGUUCGAAUCCCGUUGAUCUUAAAGUUUUAAAAGGAGAAUUUGUUUCUAGAAGUUAACAUAUUCAUCGAGUUCUUCUGGUGUUAGUAUAUCUGUUACUUGCCUUUUCAAAAUCAAGCACCUUAAUUGACGCGGUUUAAAGCGAGACUAGUCAUUUCAGACUCUCCAGAUGUUAGACGAACGAUUUUAAUAUUUGUCUUGUUCCUGUAAAACUUUUGCUUAAAGCAACAACUAGCAUACAAUGGGUACCAACGCAACUUGAAUUUUUAUCGUAACUUAACUUCUAUUGACAUUGCAACUGGAAUAGUUUGUAUUAAUAUUGGUGAUCUGAAAACUUCCAGAAAGGGACAUUCUACAUGUUGUUCAGGCGUUGUUGUAACCUGAUAAAAAUUAUCACCCGUUCGCAUUGUCAACUUGCAAACCUGUAGAUUAUUUUUCGGCUUAAGAACUUUAAUCCUAGGCUUCUUUUUGCAAGAGAAGCGGAAUGAG